AUGUCUGCCAGUGUGGAUCAGAGCAUGAUAUGGUCCCGGUACGCUGCCAACGCUACAAGAGCAAAAGGUCAAGCAAAUCAAGUGGCCAACGGCUCAGCAAAAGAAGUAAAAAACGAGGAUUUUGAUCAUUAUCUGCAUCAACCUCAACAAGAUUCGCCCUAUUUGAGGAGUUGCCUCCAGUCUAAUCAGGGAGGAUAUGGAACUGGCCCAAUGUCAAGUCCAGGAGUAUCAGAGCCAUUUUUACCCAACUACUAUAACCAACCAAUAUCUUUCCCAUACCUGGGACAAGGUGUUGGGGAUGCAACAUGGUCAAGUGGACGAGAUGCAGGUGUGUUCCCUUUGGGAAGCUAUGACUACAGCAGUGUCUUCAGUGGAUUUGGUUAUGCACAGUUUGGUUGGGACUAUAAUGGCAGUGAUUACUGGAAUAAUGCCACUCGAAAGGAUUACUACAGCACUGAUAUGAUCUCUGAUGGCUACGGUCCUAUAAAUGGAGAUCAGGACCGUGACACAAUGAACAGUGUUGAACAGGGACUGAAAGGCAUGAGCAUCACUGGAGACAAGAAGUUGUCAGAUGGUGUAGGCAGUGACACUGUACAAACAGGAGUGAUUGAUGGUUCCAUCCAGGUGGGACCAUCAGGUUCUGCUGGACCCUCCCCUCCUCAGGGGCCAAAGAAGACUUCUUGGGCUGCUGUUGCUAGCCAGCCAGCACGACCUCAGCCACAAAUAAAACCACGCUCUAUGCCCCGUGCUCCCAUGACAUCUAAGUGUAUGGACAUCGGCACUUGGGAUAACAAGAACAAUAAUUCAAGUAAACAAGCCAACCAGGGAAGACAAGUAUGGAGUGCUCCACGGCGCACAGUGGCAUCUUACAACAAUAACACUCCUUCAGGGAAUGCAAGUCCGCCUUCUGCUAAUGCAGGUAACUCUGGCUCUCUGAAUGGACCUCCAUCCUCCCCAAGUUUACCUCACCCAGUUUUGGAAAAGUUGCGAUCUGUAAACCAAUACAACCCAAAGGAUUUCAACCUGAAUCCAAAAGGGGCUCGUUUCUUUAUCAUAAAAAGUUAUUCUGAGGAUGAUAUUCACCGAUCAAUAAAAUAUAACAUAUGGUGCAGCACUGAGCAUGGUAACAAGAGACUGGAUGGGGCUUACAGAGAGAGAGAAGGCAAGGGUCCUGUAUACCUUUUCUAUAGUGUGAAUGGUAGUGGACAUUUUUGUGGCAUGGCCCAAAUGAUGUCUCCAGUGGACUAUUCCACCAAUAGCGGAGUGUGGGCCCAAGAUAAGUGGAAGGGGCAAUUUGAGGUGAAAUGGAUUUACGUCAAGGACGUGCCAAAUAGUCAAUUACGACAUAUUCGUUUGGAAAAUAAUGAAAACAAGCCAGUUACCAAUUCACGGGACACCCAAGAGGUGCCACCAGAAAAGGGUAAACAAGUGCUGAAAAUUCUCCAUAAUUAUCGGCACUCAACGUCCAUCUUUGAUGAUUUCGGACAUUAUGAGAAGCGACAGGAAGAAGAUUUGACUAAAAAGGAGCCAGUAGCACCUUUGAAGUCAGAAGCUCCAAUGAAGAAAAACAAUCGCCCUGUAAGUUCCAGCACUUCUGCUGAGUGA